UUCGGGUAGGACAAGACGGAAGGCGGCCCAGUCCCAGCCUACGGUCCCCUUCAAACUUCCAUGCACACGCACUGUCUAUAGGCUCCGCGGAUCCCCAACGAAACCGCUUGGGGGGAUGCGAGACCCGCUGUGGUCCAGCAAGCAGCAUCUGAACGUUUCUCGGUCAGUAGUGACCGUGAUUACGAAGCGUGAGCACUUGAGUCCGUUGUCCGUUGAAUGGGAUCUCGAGCCGCGAAGUUGAUUGGGUCGAAAUAGUGCGUGAGUGCAGAAGGUGAGAGGGGGUAGCAAAGGCCAAACCAAUCUGAAAACCGCAAAGCUUUUUGCCAACGGCCACUCGCUCACGGCACAGUUUGUUUCGAAACGCGGUCGCCGCUGGUCUUUGUUUAUGUCCACUGUGCGUGGUGAGUUUCCCGCUUGAGAAUUCUCGGAAGCGACGUGACGUCAUUAGCUGAAGUGACAAUCGGUUUUGGAAACAUUUGCAACCUUGAGGAAGUGCGUAACGAUUCCAGAUAAAUCAACUCAUCUGUCCGCAACGUCCGUACUAAUUGGAAAGUAAAAAUCCCGGCUGCAUGCGAACCGAGUGACCGUGCGCGCUGAUUAAUGACUAACCCGCCGCCGCCGUCAUGCUGUCGAGCUUCUGCCAGCGCUGACGUGCGCCACUAGUCAUCGUGGGGAAAGCCCUCUGCAAAAAAGUGUUAUCUCCGCUUUUUACUUAUUUACUUUUAGAUUACUAAUCAGGCGUGGAGUACUCGAAGGUUGUUUGCCCCACGCGAGUUUCUUGUGUUGUGUUUACGUGCAAGUGGUAAAAAUCUGUUUCGAGCGAGUGAAAUUGUGACGCUGGAGGUCUAGGUGAAUCGGUUGAGCCGCUGGCAAGGAAACAGUUUCGAGUUUUCCCGAAAACCGCCAAAAUAGCUCCAAAACAUUCGUCAACACAACCGCUGCCGCGAAUGCAUCUGCCGAGUGCGAGCACAACGGCAGUCUACAGCAGCUCGUCCGUUGGCAACAUUAGUGCGGACUGGAGUUCCGGUUCCGCUGCCACCUACAAGGGGGGCAUGCUGGAGCCGCCCCCCAAUGGCAGUGGCAGUAGUUCACCACAACGAUCCCAACAGGACUUGUGGUGGACCGAGCGGUUGGUUCUCGAAGCGCAGCAGGAGUAUCCUGGCGAACUAGUUCGAACAGGAAGUCCGUAUUUCUUAUGCUCGGCGUUACCUACGCAUUGGCGGUCGAAUAAGACUCUUCCGGUCGCGUUCAAAGUGGUAUCGUUGGUAGACGUGGGUGAUGGAACUAUCGUAACCAUACGAGCGGGUAAUGAUGAGAACUACUGUGCGGAGCUCCGGAACAGUACGGCCGUGAUGAAGAACCAAGUGGCGAAAUUCAAUGAUCUCAGAUUCGUAGGACGAAGCGGGAGAGGUAAAAGUUUUACACUGACGAUAACUGUAUCAACAAGCCCGCCUCAAGUAACAACCUAUAGUAAAGCAAUAAAAGUAACAGUUGAUGGACCAAGGGAACCCAGAUCGAAAACUAGUCCUACGGGUGGUCAUCAAUUUCGAGCAUUAGGGUUAGGACAACGUCCUUUUUUGGAUGCACCGUUCUCAAGUCAUUUUCGUGAAUUAGAAUCAUUUAGACGUAAAGCGCCGGUACCGUCAUUAGCACCAUUAGGAAGUAAUCAUUCAUCAUCAAAUAGUACAAUAAAUUCCGACUGUCAGGGUUAUAAGCCGAAUGCACCUCAAAUUCAAGAAAACAACUUAAUGGGUGCUGCUGAAUGGACAGGGUACACUCCCAGCACUACAUCUUCAUCAUAUCCAUCCUAUCCAUCGUUACAAUCAAAUGCAGCGUAUGCGUAUGAAACACCAAGUACAGUUGUCGAUCAUCAUUCCAACUUCCAUCUGCCAACAGUUCUGCCCGAUAUCCAGCCAUUCUGCUCGCCAACAGAUCCCUACCAUCACACAGGACUUCCUCCCACGGGUGCUCCAGUAUCGGCGGCAGCCAUUGUUUCACCUCAACCACCCGUUUGCAGUCCAACCUAUGCCACAACUAAGACUGAUAUUGAACCUAGUGCCUAUUCGUCCUACAACAAUUGGUCGAAUGGCUACAAUAAUUACCAAUAUGGCAGUUGUCCUGCACAGCCUCAGUACCCAGGACACACUGCCCCCACAAUGGUCCUUUAUCCACAACUCUAUUCCACUGUGAACCAGAAUCAAAUUCAUUUGCAUUUGCAUGGAACAGAUAAACUAGAACAGUAUUUAGGUCCAGAAAGUUCGUUAACAAUUAGUUCUAUCCCGGGAAGCAGAUCAGGAAUCGAAAUAGGAAUCGGAACUUCAGAUCACGAUGUUGGUCUUUUGGCAGCGGAAAGCGAGCACAACACCCAUCCAGACGAAGUGGAGGCCCAUGAGCAUCGAGAAGGUGAUGUUGUCGGCGACCCGAGUAGUGUGUGGCGGCCUUAUUGACCUAUGUGGAACUAAUAUACUUUAUCUUGGAAGGAUUUAGUAUAGAGGAAACAUCGUGUGUAGCAAUAGGACGAGAAGGAAAAUCAAAAAGAGGCUUUAAAUCAGACUUAAAGAGCAGCAGUGGUAGUAUGUACCCUAGUUUCCUUUGAAAAUAGUAUUUUUUUAUGUUCAUCGGCCAUUCAAGAACUGAUUCGAGGUAUUCGUCUUCAUUUCUAUCCCCUUUCAGGAGCCUUCUGUGUAGCCUCCAUGAAAACAGAAAAGAUUUUAUUCGUUAUUUCACGUUGUCCUCCACAACGAUGCGGUCUAUUUUAGCAGGGAUUCGUUAUUUUAAGCGAAAGUCAAACUUUGAAUCCACCUCACGGAUAAUUUCAUAAUAGUCGGAUAAUAUGGUUAAUACUUAUAAAGUAUAUAAACUGUCGGAGUUACA